AUGUCAACUAAGGAAUCAGCCGUUGAUGCACUGGUAGCAUUGGGCGUUUCGCUAACCCUAAGCACUGGUUUAACUAGUGCCGAUGCUAUCUUGGGAAACGUGUUGCAAUAUGGAAAAGUAUCACAGAUAGCUGGUGAAUCUGGCGUUGGCAAAACACAGUUAUGUUAUGCUGUUGUCGCGCGCUUCCUCCUCCAUACAACGUUCAGCGUGGCUUGGUUUGAUUCGAAUGGGUCUUUUCGAGCUCAUCGAUUGCGACAGUUUCUCCUGGGCAUGGAAGAGAUCGACGACAAUGCGUUCGAGACACUGCUGGAACGCGUGGCAGUAACUCAUAUCGCCGAUCAUCUAGAACUCGUAGAAGCACUGGAACUUGUUGAUGAUUAUUUUGAAGAGUACUGCAUCCGUCUUCUUGUUAUCGACAACAUGUCAGAAAUGAUGGACGAGCGAUUACUUGACGAAAACAUGACAAGAACAGCUAUCAUGGCGGUAAUCACAAAUCGCAUUGGCAAUCUCGCAAACAUCGGCUGCACUGUUGUACUCAUCAGCUGUACAGUACAGGAGGAUGACGAGAAAAACGAACUCUAUAGGAGUUGGAUACAGCAAAUGCAUGGACGAGUGAUACUGAGGAGAGAAAGGGAAGAUGUGAGAACAAUCUGUUCUUCAAAGAUGUCCGGUGACUCUUCAAUUGGCCAUUUCAAGAUUAAUAGAGACGGUCUCCAAAACGUCAAUUGACCUCCUUUUGUUUUAGUAUGGGCAAUUUUAUGUGCUUCUUUGUAAAUUUGUAGGCUACUCUGCACAUGUUAUGG